AGAAACCGAGGGAGCAACAAAGCACAGCCGCAAUGCUUCUUUUUUCCUUUUCUUUUUUGCAUAUUCACCGGCUCACCUUUGAGUGACUAUAUUGGAUUCUGUUGAGUUUUUGUAGUGGCAUAAUUGCUGAAUUUUUGAGCCGUUUUGUGCGUGAAGAUCAAAAUAGUUCUCUCCAAAACAAAAUAGAACAAAAAAAAAGAUAUUUUUGUCAUAAAUGUAAGUGAUUUGUUUGGUCCGAGACAUUGGAUAUCUGGGCACAUCUCUCUAAACCUGUAUCUGGAUGACUUAAAGUGUAUGACGAUAACUACUUAGAAGCAUGGUUCUGUUUUUACAACACUGUGGAAAACACUGUGACAACAUUACUACUACUGUUCACUGAGAAUUUGGAAUAAUUUUCUAAUUAAACGUGUCUCAAAAAAAAGAAAACUUUUGAAUGACAACUGGACAUGAACUGAUAUGAGGGGAUCAUCCCCAAGCAGAGAAGCAGGAACAGAAUAACAAAACUAGAACAGAUCCCAUCGUCUCAGGGACAACGCGGCGUAACCGUGGAAACGGGCAGACUGCCGCCCAAGGACACCGACUGACGCACGGAGACGGACAGACAGACAGUCUGAUGCCAACUGUCUUCGCUGUCAAUCUCACGGCACAACUCCUCCUGCUGUUGCUAUGGGAAACCCACCCAACCAUGGCAACCAACUGGCUCUCCCUGGCGAGGCUGCCUCGCUCGCGGCCUGUGUCAGGUGUUGCCCCUUGCGGGCGACUGAAAGGUCUGACGGCAGGGCAGGUGGGGGUGUGCAGGGCGCGGGGGGAGGUCAUGGAGUCCGUACGCAAGGCAGCCGAGAUGGUCAUAGAAGAGUGCCAGCACCAGUUCAGGAAUCGCAGGUGGAACUGCUCCACCACGCCUCGCGGACUCAACGUGUUUGGCCGAGUCAUGAACCAAGGCACGCGUGAGGCAGCCUUUGUGCACGCCCUGUCCUCUGCUGCGGUGGCGAUGGCGGUAACGCGAGGUUGCAGCCGAGGGGAGCUAGAGAGAUGCGGCUGUGACAGGAAGGUCAGAGGAGUCAGCCCUGAGGGAUUCCAGUGGUCAGGGUGCAGCGACAACCUCUCCUAUGGUGUGGCCUUCUCCCAGACGUUCGUCGAUGAGCCUGAGCGUGCCAAAGGGCUGUCAGCAGGACGUCCACUCAUGAACAUCCAUAACAACGAAGCGGGGCGAAAGGCCAUCCUCCACAACAUGCAGGUGGAAUGUAAGUGUCACGGCGUCUCGGGCUCCUGCGAGUUGAGAACCUGCUGGAAGGUCAUGCCUCCUUUCCGCCGCGUGGGCGCUGUGCUGAAGGAGCGUUUCGACGGCGCCACAGAGGUUCGUCUCUCCCGCAUAGGCUCCAGGACGGCCCUACUGCCCCGUGAUCCCCAGGUCAAGCCCCCCGCCGCCAGAGACUUAGUGUACCUCUCAGCCUCUCCGGACUUCUGCCGUCUUGACCCCGACAACGGGAUCCCGGGUACCGCUGGCAGGCGCUGUAACGGUACCUCCAGACUGGCCCCAGAUGGGUGUGAGCUGGUGUGCUGUGGGCCAGGGUACCGGGCCGGCAGGGCGGAGGUCGUCCAACGCUGCUCCUGCAAGUUCUCCUGGUGUUGCUCUGUCCGCUGCCAGCAGUGCAAGAACACGGUCCUGAUCCACACCUGCAGAGAAUGAGGGAGAACCCCAGCUAUGCAGAACCCAAAGCAUUGGUCAGGAGGAACAUGCUUUAAAACGCAAUGCCAGCACAUUUCAAACACGUUAAUCAACACAGAUGCCCUUUAGGACACAACAUACAUCGAGCGUUCUAGAAUGUGACGUCAACUAGGCAUUCUAGAACACAACGCAAACCAGACAUUCUAAUCCACGACACUGCCCAGACAUUCUAGAGCACUGCUUAGAUAUAACUAUAGACCUGACCAGACGUUCCAGAAGGCAGUGGUGAGGGAAGUACUGCUGUACUGAAAGUGUGAGGACAAUUACCUCUGUCAGGGCUAGCCUGAGAAGGCCAAGUGACCUCUCACAUGACCUCUAGUGGCAGACUGUAGAGUUAGACUAACCCGUAAGGAAAGAAGGAUAGUUACUGCAUUAAUCUUCAUUCCAAGUCUUUUCAACACACAAAGGUGCGCCCUUUUAGUCCAGAGUUUUCCACAAAAAACGAGGGACCAUUAACCUUGUAUGGGGCAGUAAGAGGUGGCAUCUGUUAGGUGAUUCACACUUUUAUCCUUCAGAGGCACGCACCACAGCAUAAGCGCAUGCACAAACCCACACAGUUAAUAUUAACUCUAACUGACAAAGCUUUUAAAGCUGAAAUUAACCAUAACUAACAGGGGAAACUACAGCGCCUACUUUUCUUUUAUCCAUCUUCAUAACUAUGGUUUGAUAGCAUUCAGUAGGGUUAGCAACAGUCUUUGUACAUUUACCUGUAUUUAUGUCUUUGGCCUUAAUUCUGUCUUUAUUUAUUUGUAUAUCUGUCAUCAUGUGUCCUUCCUAGCCUUCAUACACCAUCAGAAACCCCUAAACAGUUACCUAGUUCAUCGGCCUCAUGACAAACACUCACGAUGUUGCUGCUGCAUGUGUUCUGCACAGUUGGCUUGGUCAAAUAAAGGUAUUUUCAACUAUCA